AUGGACCAGCAAAUCCGAGUCCGAGGUGAGGACAAUCCCCCCAUGCGCGGCAAGGUGCUGGGCACAGAAGGCAUCCGCCUCGCCUGGCACGAGGCUCACAAGGUGACGGUACCUGGGGCAUUGGCCAAGUGCGUCAAUGAUGGCGGGGACAAGGAAGCUCGGUGGUACAAGUUGUUUAUGGUUGCUUGGCUGUUUGGUUGUGAAGAGGUCAAGAUUGUGUUCGGCUGUGCCAUACAAGUGUUUGCUGUCGCAACCUUUGGGGGAGUUGUUGCAGAAUUGCAUGAGCUGAAUAAAGAGCUUUGCCGACCUGUCCAUACGGACAUCGCGUUUUCCAACAGGCAGAUAGGCGUCAAAAUAGAUGGCAUCACUGGGAAGAAGCUAUCAGUCAAAUGGAACCAAAGUCGCUUGUCGUGA